CAGAAUUUUGAGCUAAAUUUCGGUGGCGUAGUAUACGUGUAAUAUGCUUCGGAGAAGUCUAAUAGUAGGUGUAAUAUACGCGGUGGCUGUAGGCUUUGGAUCUUCUUUCUUCUUCCCUGAAAUUGGUGAAACAAUAUAGAUAAAGAUUCCAAGGUAAAAUCAGUCAACAAUGGAAAGAGCAGAGAAAGAGGAGGUGAUGGAAAAAUCAGAAGAUAUUAACAAUAUCGAAAGACUGCCAGAAGGAUGUAUAUCUGACAUCCUAUCUCUAACAACACCUGCAGAUGUGUGUAGGUCUAGUCUGGUUUCAACUCUUUUUAAAUCUGCUGCCGAUUCAGAUGCUCUCUGGGAGAAAUUUCUGCCGGACGAUUAUCAAGACAUCAUCUCUAGAGCAUUUUAUCAUUUUUCGUCAGCUGUUGCCACAUCUAAGAAAGAGUUAUAUUAUCGACUAAGUGAUGACCCACUUCUCAUUGAUGGUGGUUCUAAGAGCUUUCACCUGCAAAAAUCUAGUGGAAAGAAAUGCAUCAUGCUUGGAGCAAAGGAGCUUGCAAUUGCUUGGGGAGACAAUCGUAACCACUGGCGCUGGGAAGGUUACCCUGGCUCCAGGUUUCCUAAGGUGGCCGAACUUCAAUGGGUAUGCUGGCUUGAAAUCCGUGGGAAGCUCGAAACUCGAUUGCUAUCGUCAAAGACCGUCUAUGCAGCUUACAUUGUGCUAAAGUUCAAGGAAGGUGAUAAUGGAUUUGAGGAUGAACCUAUAAAGGCCAAAAUCGAAGUUGUUGGUGGUAACGAUAGUGUGUGUAGCGAAGAGAGACUUGUCUACUUUGAUGCUAGUGGCGAACAUUCUCCAUCAGAUCCAAUGUUGGAGAGUCAGUAUGUUGCACAUGAGAGAGGAGACGGAUGGAUGGAGGUUGAGAUGGGUCAUUUCUAUAACGAAGGAGGACGAGACAACCAGGGCGGGGAGGUGCAUAUGUCUGUGCUUGAGACUGAGAGGUUGUAUGGUAAGUAUUGCCUUAUUGUCCAAGGUAUGGAACUUAGACCCAAGCUGGACACAUAAAUAUUGUACAACCCCUAAAAUUUCUUUGUAAUUUUGUUUUGAGGAUUGAUAAUUGAUACCACUAUUUAUACUUCUGUUGAAUAAAUAUUACAUACUAUGGAAUUGUUGUAAAAUGUCUUGAAAAAAGGUUUGUUGUUUAACGCGGUGAUUUAUGAUCUC